AUAGACACCUUGCCUUAUGAACUUCUCCACGACAUCGUCGACAAACUUUCCUGUCGCAAGGAUUUGUUUCAGAUUCGAUCGUUGAACAAGACGUUCUGUGCGGUGGCCACGCCACAUCUCUUUCAACAGAUCACAGUCAAGAAUACCCUUAUGAGUGCUGCAGGGUUCAGCGAGAUUCUGCAGCGUGACAUGGUCACUCAAUUCAUCAUAGCAAUCAACUUUCAUGAAGUCCCUAAGGUCCCGGUCAAAUCUCACAUUGGCGACGUUGAGGUCGUGCUCGUGUCCCUCGCAUCUUCAUUCGCCCGUAUCCACGAACUUCCAAACUUGAAAUUUCUGACGUUGUCAUUCCCCUGCUUGACGGGCAAUUUGACGUCCAUGGAGCCUCUGCGUCUCCAGCGGACCAUCCUCUCUGUACUGUCGAGCAGAUCGUCCUUGCCAUCGGUUACCUCCGUCAACAUUAUAGGCAUGACUGCAUUGUAUCACCCCGUUUACGACCUCCCUUCGUUCGGAAGCCCCUUUGGCUCACUGACCAGUCUCUCCAUUGGAGCUGCUGUUAGUCAUGACUUAGCAGAGCCCCAGUUUCAAGAUCCCUUUAUCAAAUUCUGGGAGGAGACGUUUCAGCACCGCAUGCUCGGUUCUGUCUCACACUCCCUCACGUCGUUAAAGCUUAGCAGCGGCAGCUUUGUUGGUGUUGUACCUAGGCUCGAUUUUUCGCAGGCGAACUUUCCUGCGCUUGAACCCCUCUCAUUGAAAAGGAUCCUGUUCAAUAUGGACACGCACAUUGAAGAUUUCAUUGUACGCCAUAAGGGAACCCUGAGGACACUGUGGCUUAUGGAUUGCAAAAUUGCGAUACUUGGAAGCUUUGAAGAGCCUGAGGGUGCACCACACAGGUAG